UACUUCUAAAACCAACCCCCCACGAGGCAUAAUGAAUCGAUAUUGCGAAUUUGUUGAUUUUACCUAGCUACAACGGCGAGCGCACACCCAUGAAUUUCUCACCAUGGCGCCCCCGAUAUCCAAUACGUCAGCCGAGCCCACGCUCUACGACAUCCUAGCCCUGACCCCCAAGCACCUAGAAGGCCAGGCCGGCGCGGUCCAGCAGCAGAAGAUAGUGAAGCAAGCCUACCACCGGGCGCUUUUAAAACACCACCCAGAUAAAUCAGCCAGUGGCCCAUCAACAUCAACCUCACCACCAUCCUCAUCCACAACCUCCCCAAGUUCAAAACCAGCCCCCAAACCCCACGCAAAACAAGCCGGAUCCCACACCCAGCCACGCAUAACCUACACCGUAGACCAAAUCCAGCACGCGCACACCAUCCUCUCAGACGCCCAAAAGCGGCGCGAAUACGACCGGGAGCUGCGCGCCUCGCCGUCCCAGCGGGCGACACAGUCUUUCCAGACAGGCGUCGAGACGGUGGAUCUAGACGACGUGUCGUUCGACGAGCGGGGCGGGGUAUACUACCGCUCAUGCCGGUGCGGGAACGAGCGGGGGUACGCCUUCACGGAGGAGAACCUGGAGGAGUUUGAGGAGGACGGGGUUUUGAUGGUCGAGUGUCUGGACUGCAGUCUCUGGAUCCGGGUCCUGUUCGCUGCGGCUGAGGACGAGGAAGUUGUUGAUGUAGCUGUUGUCGCUAAUCCCGGUGGAAGCAGUAGGGGACCCAACGACGAAGCCGUAGCGGCGCGGGAAGGCGACGCGGUGAUGGCGUCGGGAGAGCAGCGCGGGACAGGCACCGGCAGGGGGUUCACGUUUAACUGGAGUUUCAACUGGGGGAUAUCAUUAUCCGGGACCUCGGCAUCGAGCUCCGCGACAAUUGACACGGGUAGCGGUUCGCAGCGGUAGUCCUGCCGAUCCCUAUGUACGCCAGUCCAGCUACCUGAACGGAAGGAACAUUUAGCAGUAAUCAUUCGGGGGUUAAACAAGCCUAUUGAGAACCCUGUCAUUGCCAAAUUCCUGGGCU